CGUCCCGGCUGUUCGGUUCCGGCCGCCUCGCCGUGGGUUCCGCCGGGCCGUGCUCCGCCGGAGGGGCCGUCCCGGGGCUGUCGCGCUGUCUGAGGAGCGGCCGUGCCGGAGGCAGCUCGGGCUGCGCCGUGCGGCUCUGCACGGCUCGUACCGGCGAGCGGCCGUGCCGCCGGGUGUCACUCACCUGGGACCCAGUCCUUUGCUCUGCUGUUGUCUGGUUUCUGUUGUCCAAAUGGCUUCUUUUGGGUGGAAGAGAAAGAUUGGUGAGAAAGUGUCAAAAGCUACUUCUCAGCAAUUUGAAGCGGAAGCUGCAGAUGACAAGGAUGUGGCUGAUGAUGAUGAUGGUAACUGGGUGCAUGCAACUAAAAGAAGAAAGGAAGCUCUUUUAGAAGACUGUGUAAAGAAAAGUAAGCAGCUGAAGGAUGAAGGUGCAAGUUUGGCUGAAAAUAGGAGGUACCGAGAGGCUAUUCACAAGUGGGACAAAGCACUUCAAUUAACUCCAGAGGACGCUACGCUUUAUGAGAUGAAAUCGCAGGUCCUGAUGUCUUUACAUGAAAUGUUCCCAGCAGUGCAUGCAGCAGAAAUGGCGGUCCAGCGAAACCCGCGUUCCUGGGAUGCCUGGCAGACUUUGGGACGUGCCCAGCUUGGAUUAGGAGAGAUAGCACUGGCAAUCCGAAGUUUCCAGGUAUCCUUACACAUCUUUCCAAUGAACCCUGAAGUAUGGAAAGAGGACCUUUCCUGGGCGAGAAAACUGCAGGAACAGCAGAAGGCAACAAAGACCGAGGAAGUGCAAGCACUGGCAAAAGGAAAAGCACUUGCCCAAGAAUCAAUCCCAGACUAUGACUUUGAAAGUGAUGAAAUUGUGGCAGUCUGUGCUGCCAUUGCAGAGAAGGAGAAAGCUCUUUCAGCAGCUAAAACAGUGGUCAUUGUGUCUGCUUCAGGUGCAGUAGAGACUGUUAUUGAGAAGGAGAAUUGUCCUUCAACUCCUGAUGAAACCCUUUUCAUCAGAGCCCGAUAGGGCAGCCUCAUGGGUUGCCAUACUGCUGUAAGGGCUAGUGUUAUUUAUUGUAUGGGUUUGCUUUGUUCUUGUUUUUUUAAGCAGUGGGAGAACCUACACGUGUUAAAGAAUUUGAGUUAUUUUUCUUUUGAAAGUUGGAAAAGCAAUGAACAGCGUUGCUGAUACAUCCCUAUUACUGGAGAAGAAAGCCAAGAGUUGAUUCUAAAAAUAUUAUGAACAAAUGUAAUGUUAAAAUGCUUAACUGCAUUCUGACAUCUGCUUUUAUCUUUAUGUACUUCAUAAUUUUACAAGAUAAUGUCAACACUUUCCCAGUAAUUCAUAAGCUUUUAUUUAAACCUUAAAAGAAAAAGGAAGUUUAUAAAAAUCUCAAUCAUUAUUCACUAGUAUUAUUUUCUUCCAGUUGAAGUGUCAGAUGUUCUCUGUUAUCAGAAGUCUUUGUUUUGCAUGUACGGGAUUUUUUUGAUCUGGUUGAAUAAAAUCCUGUCUACUGUGCUGCUUA